UCACCCUGUUGCUGGGCUUAUGCAUUGUCGGUGCCGCUUGUGAGGAAACGUACCAGUUGUUCCGAGGUAGGCAGGUGGUGAUGGAGAGCAUCGGAGGGGACAACACCCAGGAGACAGGGAAGGCUGCUCCUCACCUCUUGCCGCUAGGAAGAUGAGGGAUGCCGGGAUUCCCGUCGCUGGGCUUUUCCUUGCUUCUGCUCUCCGCUUUCAUCUUUUUAUAUUGGCGGGAAGCUAUUGAUUGCCUAGAAAUUAAAAGAGGGUGUGAGAAGUCUGAUUGAUCAAGGUGGAAGUUUUUUUCCCCCAAGAGCCUUUUCACAACUGCCUUUUGCAAAAUCUUCAGAGGGUCCCUUUUGUGCCAUGUUUUGUGGCUCUCACCGUAAGAGGAAUUUGUCUUGAUGAAGAUUCCUAACAUUGGUAAUGUGAUGAAUAAAUUUGAGAUCCUUGGGGUUGUAGGUGAAGGAGCCUAUGGCGUUGUACUUAAAUGCAGACACAAGGAGACACAUGAAAUUGUGGCUAUCAAGAAAUUCAAAGACAGUGAAGAAAAUGAAGAAGUCAAAGAAACCACUUUACGAGAGCUUAAAAUGCUUCGCACUUUGAAACAGGAGAACAUUGUGGAGCUGAAGGAAGCCUUCAGAAGAAGAGGAAAAUUAUACUUAGUGUUUGAAUAUGUGGAAAAAAAUAUGCUUGAAUUGCUAGAAGAAAUGCCAAAUGGAGUGCCACCAGAAAAAGUGAAAAGCUACAUUUACCAGCUGAUUAAAGCAAUUCAUUGGUGCCAUAAGAAUGAUAUUGUUCAUAGAGAUAUCAAGCCAGAGAAUCUCUUAAUAAGCCACAAUGAUGUUCUGAAGCUGUGUGACUUUGGCUUUGCUCGGAAUCUCUCUGAAGGAAGCAAUGCUAACUAUACAGAAUAUGUGGCUACCAGAUGGUACCGCUCACCUGAACUCCUGCUUGGAGCCCCGUAUGGCAAGGCUGUGGAUAUGUGGUCUGUAGGCUGCAUCCUGGGGGAGCUGAGCGACGGGCAGCCGCUGUUCCCUGGCGAGAGCGAGAUUGACCAGCUCUUCACCAUUCAGAAGGUGCUGGGCCCGCUGCCAGCCGAGCAGAUGAAGCUCUUCUACAGCAACCCACGCUUCCACGGCUUGCGGUUUCCAGCAGUCAAUCAUCCACAGUCUUUAGAGAGAAGAUACUUGGGAAUUUUAAGUGGUGUAUUGCUUGAUCUUAUGAAGAACUUACUGAAGUUAGAUCCAGCAGAUAGAUAUUUGACAGAACAAUGUUUGAACCACCCUUCGUUUCAAACCCAAAGACUCUUGGAUCGCUGUGGAAGUUCACCUUCACGGUCAGCUAAGAGAAAACCCUACCAUGGAGACAGCAACACUUUAUCUAACAGAAAUCAAGCCAGCAAAAGUUCUGCUUUGCAGUCACACCACAGAUCAAACAGCAAGGAUAUGCCACUAGGGGCUGGUGGGCCAAGAGAAGAGGGGCUUCCAGCAAAUGAAAGCUUUUUAAAUGGAAACCUUCCUGGACCUGCCCCUAGCCCAAUGCACGCAAAAAAACCAAGCAACACACCUGGAUCUGGCAACAAGGAUAUAGCCAAUAAUAACAUGCCACAUUUGCUCAGCCCAAAGGAACCAAAGGGAAAAACAGAGUUUGAUUUUAAUGUGGACACCAAAAGUUCUGAUGGUUCAGGCACCAAGUACCUGAAGUCUAACACCAGAUCUCAGCAGAACCGGCACUCCUUUAUGGAAACCUCUCAGAGCAAAACGGGGACGCUGCAGCCUGGCGACAAGCACAGUCGCCACAGCUACAUCGACACCAUCCCUCAGUCCUCUAAGAGUCCCUCCUAUCGGACAAAGUCCAAGAGCCAUGGAGUUCUGACAGACUCUAAAUCUGUGGGCAACCUUUCUGAGGCCAGGGCCCAAGCUGCAGAGCCAAACACCAGUAGGUAUUUUCCAUCCAGCUGUAUGGACCUGAACUCUCCGACGAGCCCGAGCGCUCCCCGGCACAGCGAUAACAGAACUAUGCUCAGUCCGUCGGCCAGGAACAACCGCAGUGAGGGCACCCUGGACACUCGAAGGCCACCGACCAGACACUCCAAAACAAUGGAGGAGUUAAAACUGCCAGAUCACAUGGAUGGAAGCCAUUCCCACUCUCUGUCUGCUCCACAUGAAUCUUUUUCCUAUGGUCUAGGUUAUACCAGUCCUUUUUCUUCCCAGCAGCGCCCUCAUAGACACUCUAUGUAUGUGAGCCGGGACAGAGUGAGGUCAAAGGGCUCAGAGGGUGGCUUAAGCGUAGGGCAAGGGAUGGCAGCCAGAGCAAACAGCCUGCAACUGUUAUCUCCACAGGUGCAGCAUAAGUCACUCACCAGGUCUGUUGGCUCAUCACGAGAAGACUGUACAGAAGAUUCUAAUAGGGGUGGAGCAUAUCAUGAUCCACACACAGAAGAUGGAGCAUCUACUAAGGAGAAUAGAAUUCUGUAUAAUGACCCUGUUCCAAGAAGAGUUGGCAGCUUUUACAGAGUUCCAUCUCCACGGCCAGACAGCACCUACAUAGAGAACAAUGUGUCCAACAGAGCCUCGGUGUUACCGGCAGACAGCAGCACGGUGACAAACCACCCCAAGAGACAAACCACCUUUGACACCUGGAAAAGUCCUGAAAACCUUAACAGUCACUCAGAACAGCUCAAGGAGAAAGAAAAGCAAGGUUUUUUCAGGGCAAUAAAAAAGAAAAAGAAGAAAUCUCAAAAUACAGACUCAACCAACGGCGAGAAUCCAAGCAUCAAGAAAUCCCUCUUUCCUCUUUUUAAUUCAAAGAAUAAUUUAAAGCAUAGUUCUUCUUUGAAAAAACUUCCUGUAGUCACUCUACCAAUGAUGCCUAAUACUGAAGGUCAGGAUCUCUUGGCAUUACAGAAAGCCAUUCAUUCUUCCAAUCACCAGAGCAGCAGACAGAAGGAUUGGCAUCCUGAGAAGAUGACAGAAAUCCAGCCUCAUAGCCAGCCAUUAAAAUCUCUUCGGAAGCUCUUGCACCUCUCCUCAAACCACCCCGUGGCUGCCGAGCCCCGCUUCCAGCCCUUACCCAGCCAGCCAGCCAAAGCCUCCUUUCCCGAAGUGCGGAUCCACCCCAUGAGCCAGAGCUCCAGCAGCGGCAGCAGCGGCGUGCGGCCGGAGGCGCCGGCGAAGAGCCGGCCCACGCUGCAGAUCCCCAGCCAGCUGGAGCCCACCUGGCACGUGUCCCCCGUGGCCCGGGCCGGGAGCGACGGGCCGCCCUACUCGGACCAGCUGCCGGCCAAGGGCGGCCAGAACGGGCACAGCUACGGCCGCGCCAACCGGGCGCGCAUGCCCAACCUGAACGAUCUCAAAGAGACGGCCUUGUAGGGCACCCAGCCAAGAGACCAGCACAGGGGUGACAUCAGCACAGGGGUGCUCUGGUGAUGGUAGGACUGCAUUUUCAGCUGUAUACAGGUGUGCAAUAUGUGCGUGUGGAGCGAUGCUGUUCAGCACCACGAGAGAGUCAGGGAUUUACAGGAGCACGAGUGGAACUGUGAGUUACCAGUCAUCAGAAAUGUCACUGGACGCCAGGCAGAGUGUGCCGGUCAGGGAGAAAAAUGCGUUGUCGUUUUCUCUCAUUUACAUUCCAGCUUAGUGCACAUCUCUGUCUGAAAGCUGGGAGACUUCUGGUAUGUAUUGGCACUUCAAAGGGUGAAAACAUUGUCUAGGCCUAUGCCCUUACUACAUUUUUUGCUGCCUAGUUAAAACAGUGGGGUUUGUGUGAUAAAAGUGUAUCCCUGUUAAGGGUUUAAAGUUAAAUUAUAUGUCUUAAAUUUGUUUUUUAAACUUCCAUAUUUGAUAGGAUUUGUAAUAUUUAUUUAUGAUGACCUAAUAUCGUACUGUUAUAAUCAUAUCUUUUAUGUUAUAAUGUAAAGUUAUUUUGAGCUGUUUGAAACAUUGUGAAGCAGUGCAACAGCUACAGUAGUUUCUAUAAAAAACUAACAGUAACAUUUAUAUAUUGCAUCAGGAGUAUUUUAUUCUAUAUAUAAAUAUAUAUAUAUAAAUGGAAAAUAACUGUCUGUUUUUUAAAUAUACUCAUUUAAAAGAAAAGUAUUGUUAUGACACUAUCUGCCAUAUUUUUUAUACAUUUGUGAUAUAAAGUGCAGUAUUAUACUUCUAAUAAAAGGAAGCUGAAUAUGGAUAUAAACGUGACUGUAACAGUAUGGAUCUUGCUUGGCUAUGAGAGCCCAGUAUUAUAGGCAUUAUUGGUAACAGACAAAAGACAAAAUUCGAUUCCAAGCUUUAUUAUGGGCUAUUUUGUUGGAAGUACUGGCUAAAUGUAAGAGACUGCAGAACUGUACAGUAAUCUAAAUGUGGUAUGUUCUCCCCUGUCCUUAGCUUUCAUAGUAAUAUUAAUGGGAUUUCUGCAUCUGCAUCAAGAGCACAGAGCCCCAGUACCAAAUUUUUGUUUCUUCUAAAGAGAUAAAGUGCCCCAUUACUACAAGCAAAAGCAGGUGCUCUUCCACUUAAUAGCAGGGGUGAAAACCAAAGAAACACAGCAUGAAUUGCAAGUGAAAUGCAAAACUUUGACACUUAAGCAUAGCAUGGCACUGCAGAUCAUGGUAUAAGCUUUUAUGCAUAUGUGUAUUUUACAUCUCUAGCAAUCUAUUAACUAAUAAGAUAAACACUGUAUUAGAAUUUAAACUACUCUUGCACUUUUUAUUAUAUUUCAGGAUAUAUUUAAAGCUACAAAUCUGAUAUUUGGAUACUGAGGGAAAAGGUUGCCAUGCAACUUGAUUUCUCCUUAGGUCUUACUAUCCAAAUAUUCCCAUACCCAGUUCAGCUACCAGUCUCAGCAAAAUACUAGAUCUUGGGCUCCAGUCUCCUGUACAACACAGUUAAAACUGCCUUUACCUUGGUGAAUGUCAAGUGUAGCAAAUACACACCCUGAUUCCUCUGUUGCUACCAGUAAAGUAAAUCAAAGGUGAGCCAGCAGGAGUCAAAAGAGUUAUGCCAGUCUAAACUUUGUGCAAUAACAGGAGAGCCAGGCCUGUAGUGUCAGAACAAUACAAUCUUUCCUUUUUAAACACAUUAGUUCCACUCCAUUACUCUGCAGCAUACUUUGUUUUCUAGAUGCUGUCCUCGUAAGACACCUGUACUUGCAAAUACACUGUCUUUUCCAAAAAGAGAUUAACCUGAAUGUAAAUUGAAUGAUUUAGCCAUAGAUGAAGUUAACAGAAGCAGCCAGGCAGUAAAAGCUGAACUUCCAACUAGGAUAACAAUGCAAACUGGACAUGCUGUUCAGUACUUCUUGAGUCAUACCAAAGUUCUAACAACAGCAAAUUCGGCACCACUACUGUAAAAAUUGUUGUCAGAAAGAACAGUGUGGAAGGAUGUUAUAUCAGUUUUGUCCAGGACUAAAAAUAAGUCCUCUAAAUUUGAAAAAUUAAAAAAUAGGAAUUCUUCCUGUGUCAAUUGCCUGCAAGAAAUAUGCAUGUGAUUUUUCUAUAGCUAGAUAUGAUAUAUAAUAUCUCUCUAUAUAUGAUAUAUGCACUGUAUUGAUAUAUCAUAUAUAUAGCAUAUAUAAAUACAAUAGACAUGAAAGGGUAUUCAGUUUUUUCUAAGUUCAGUGGGCAUCCAGGAAAGAUAUUGUGAUAUUUACUUGUCGUCCCUGUCAGAGUUUAGCAGCUUAUUUUAGCAGUCUCUGUUAGAUUCAUUGCUUGGUCACAGCUACAUGAGCCCUUUUAGCCCUGCUUUGAAAUGGGCUGAUGCCACUGAAAUGACUCACAAAGCACUGCCUGAGAGACUGGGGCUCUAGGCAGGGCAGUUGAAUGUCUCUUUUAUGGCAACAGAGCUGGGGAAGGGCCUGGAGCACAAGUCUUAAGAGAGUGGCUGAGGGAGCUGGGGGUGUUUGGUCUGGAAGAGGGAAUCUCAGAGGGACCUCACUGCUCUCUACAAGCCCCUGAAAGGAAGGUGUAGCCAGGUGGGGAUCAGCCUCUUCUCACGUGUCUCAGUGAAAGGAUGAGAGGAAAUUACCUUCUGUUGUGCCAGGAGAGGUUCAAAUUGGAUAUUAAGGAAGAAAAGAUCACUGAAAGAGUGUUCAGGCAUUGGAGUAAGUUGUCCAGGGAUGAGGUGCAGUCACCAACUCUGGAAGUGUUUGAGAGUGUCUGGAUGUGGGACUUGGGGAUAUGGUUUAGGGGUGACUGGGGUGGUUGAUGGUUGGACUGCAUGAUCCUAAAGGUUUCUUCCAACCCUGAUAAUUUUGCAUUCAGUCUCACAGGGAAUGUUCAGUCUGGACUCUUCUGUGCUUUGUGGAUAUGUAUCCUUUUGCCUCUGCAAGGUUUUUAGCUUGCUGGUAAGAUCCUCAUGCUGGGGAUGAUGGUACUGGGCUAUAUGUGGUUGUUAUGAUUUCUAGCAAGGAAAAAUGUUUCUAAAGGAUUUUUUUUUCUCCCUACCCAUUAAGUUAAAUCAGGGUGAUCCCUGACUGUACAUAUAGCUGUUUAAAGUAGUUAGCAAAUCUUCAAAGGUGACCCAAGGAAUGUUUGAGUAUUUGGUGGCCCAUAUUUACAGAAACUUGUUUCUACUUCAUACUGCAUUUUCCUCUUGAAUUCAACAAACUGUAGUAUCUUUCAGUUGAAUACUAAAUUGUGUUGAAUGUAUGUAGUAUUUUCUUUCUUCUGUUGGAAAGAAGUUCCAGUAGCUCGGCCAGCUGGUGCUGGGAUGAAUUCUGUAUUUUUAACUUGGUUUAGCUUCCCAAUACUUAGAAUAUGGCUAAUGUAAUUUUGUCGAGAUUUUCAAAGGAGUCUUAUUAUAGUGACUGAGAUUUUCUGACUUAAUAAAGAGGAAGAGAAUUACAGAACAAACUCUUUUGUAAGUGUGAGCUUUCCUUUGCACUGCUCUGUGAGUCCUGUACUAUAUGCUCUAUAGAUUUAUUUAGUAUAAAGGAUCCUAGUUAAACUGUAUUUUAUUCUUUAGCAAUCGUUUGCCUUAUGGCAUCACUGAUGAUGUGAAUAAAAAAGAAACUACGUUUCAGAAAUUACCUGUAGUAAUUUUGCAGAACUCAAACUGCCUACACUUGUCUAUAUGUUUUAGUUAUAGCUCUUGAGCUCUUUCUAACUGAAAAAAAAAAGCACCUUAAGGUCAUCCUAACUGAAAUUGUGUAAGUGUCUAAGCUGUUGUUUUAAACUGCAAUGUGAAUGUGUUAACUUAGAGCAACAUCUGUUUUCAGCAGCCCUGGCCACAGAGAGCAGUCCCUUUGACCUAUUCUCUGCUUUUUGCUCAGUUUAUUGCAGUCCAAGCUUCAUUGCCCCUCUGAGAGGUUGCAGGAGAGCACUGGGCAGAGUUCUUGGCAGGAAGUCAGUGAUCCCAGAUUUGUCUCCUAAAACAUUCCCCAAACACCACUUGUUCUUUUAGAUCAAUAUUAAAGCAGGCUUCAAACUUCCAAGUGCAUGAGGCAUCCUCAGAUCAUCCUUUGGCUUGUCAUCUUUCUCUCUACCACACCAACUUGUUUCUGGGAGCAAGGCUGGAGAGACUCUUCAGGAAGCAGUGGCCUGUGGUAGCCUCUUUCCCUUCCUUGUCAUUACAGUUAGAUCUCUUAGGAGAUCAAUCUCACUUGUUUAAAAAGCUAAAUACCAGCCUUUUUUUCUUCAAAAAAGAUGAAGUGUUAGCUGAGUAGAUUCCUAGGUUCACCCAGAUAAAGCUACGUAUUCUCAACAAUUCUGUAGAUCUCCCAUUAAGAACACAGGGGACCUAUGGGAAUACAGAUUACACAGCUCUGGAAGCACUGUUGUGACCUAGGUAGCUAAGGUAAAACCUAGCCACUCUAAAGAAGAGCUGUGCUCUAGAAGUACUGGGGGUUUUAUUCAUGUUUCUUUUUUUUGUUGUCUUGUAAUUAUUUAUUAGUGAGACAUGCUUCCAAAUACUUGCAUGUAAUUAAUUCUGUAUGUGCUGAUCACUGUCAGAGUAGAGCUGGGAGAAUAUUUGCAUCCCAGUCACACAAAGAGUGUGAAAAGGAUAGCCAUAUAUGAUAUACUGCAAAUUGUGGGGUGGCAAUGAAUGUUUUUUUUUUCCAUUCCAGCUAGCAUGCAUGCUACAUCUGUUAGUGGGGUAAUAUCCCAAACAAUGCAUCUAGGCUGUUGUUCAUGUGAGUAGGCCCACCAUUUGAAAUGGGAGUGCCACGGGAGAUGGCUGGAAAGGUGAUGUGCCCUAUGUAACCCUUUUUGAAUAACCUCCAAAUCAAAACACUAUUUAAGAACGGGUGCCUUUCCCUACACAGCUCUUUCUAAUGGGAUCAUGAUAUUAACCAUUCCUUAACUGGGUUUGUAAUGAAUGAGGAAAAAAGCCAUUUAACUUCUGGCCUUUUUUUUAAAGGGUUGAUUUGAGUAAACCCUUUUAAUAUAACAAAACUUGGAAGUUCUAGAUGUUGGCACCUUUUUCAAAUGGUCAAGCAGCAGCAGUGCAUCAGUGCUCAGGCUCAUCAGGCAAGUGAAGGCUUGUGCUGUACUGAAUGUUGUACUGAAAACAGAAGAUUCCUCAUUUUGCAACCACAAAGCAAAUUUCAUUAAAAUUAGCAAAGCAGACUUUAUAGGAGAUCCUCUUUCAGUUGUAAGCAAAAAGCUGUGUUAGGUCAUCUGUUCUCUCAGUGGAGUGUCUUAACAACUACCACAUGAGACAGCACAGGUAAAUCUGAUGGAUUAGGUCUGCAUUUUACUUGUUCUGAAUUCUGCUUGGAGACAGAUUUGUGACCUUGUGUGCACCAGUUGUUUGGUGCAAAAGCUGGGGUUUGUGGAAGAUGCAUGUGAAGUGUGAGAGGACUGGCCCCACUAUGUUUGGAUGCUUUCAUUCCACCAAUCAGAUUGCCUCUCAAGCUCUUUCAGAACAUAACAAAAUAUGCAGCUGGGCAAGAGUGACUCUUGAAUUGUGGCCCAUGGGCCUGAACAUGGAAUUUGUGUCUUAGCCUAAGAAUGAUGACGCAUCUCUUGUCUUCUCUGCAAGGCAAUCUACCUCCUCUCUCUUGCAGAAUGUGGUUGAUGUUGGGUUUGUUUAUUCUGAGCUUAUUAUUGACUCCAAAUUUUGAAGAGACAUCUAAAAAGAUUCUUCCUUUAGGUACUGUUAGCAACCACGUAAUUAAAUAUUGUUGGGCCUUCAUCUGAAAUACUUCUGAAACCUCCAAGCCAUCUGAGCUCUCUCUCUAGAAUCCUAGUGCCAUCCUUUGCACUGCCUUGCAGUCUUCCCUCGGCCUUCCCCUUGUGGUUCUCAAAUAUUGCAGUUGCCUUGUUCUUUGUUGUUUCUCUAGUGCAGAUUUUCAGGGAGUUAGAGGCCUUAUCUACUACUCCACCCUAUUUGCUGUUUUACUCAAACAGCUAUCCUUAGACUUGCUCAGGAUUUCCUUCAUUUUAAUUUUCCAUUUCAUCUGGGUGAGAUACCUUACCUCAUUGUGCCCCCACCAAAACUCACUGCCUGCCAGGCUUUUUCUUCCACCAGGUCUCUGUUUUCACAGGGCAUUGUUUCUCUGGAUCUGUUCUGAGAAAUGCAAGGUGGCAUCUUAAUUGUACAGGCGUGGAAAUGCUGCGUUGUGAAGUAGCUGCUGUGUGUCAGAGCUUUCCAUUAGCAUAAAGAUAAAGCAUCUUCAUAGCACAAGGUGGAAGCUGCUGUUCAGUUUUCCUAUAGGAUAUGAACCUCUUGGUGUAAACUCCUGACAUGUAAAUCCAGUGGCAGAGUUUUUAACUCUUUAGUUACAAGGCAAAACUUUAAGCAUAGGGAACUGUCUCGACCUUUCUUUUCUUUUUUUUUUUUUUUUUUUUUUUUGCUAGUGCACAUCUUAGACUUGUACUACUGAAGGAUUUGACUAAUUGAAAGAAGUAAGUUUAUAUUUGGGUUAUUUGGACCAAUAAGCAAAAAUCUUCCCAGAAAUGAUAAUUUUUUUGGAAAUUCUGUGCAGGCAUCUUAAAAUCUGGUUAAUCUGAUAAGGAAUUCCGGGACUGCUUAGGUCUCCACUGUGGAAUGUUUGAUUUUAAAUUUGUGACAUUUGGAAGAAAGAAAAAAACAUCAAUUUAGGAUUUUUUUUUUCACUAUCUGCCAGUACAGAUGAGCAGGCUGGGGAGGCAGCUUUCAAAACUUAUAAAUUUAUGGAUAAGAUUCCCUGAUGUUUUUAACAGCUAUUAAAAAUCUAAAGCGCACAAACUUUUGAAUCUACCGUGCUUUCUGUUGUGGAAGGGAUAUGUUGUGGUAUUAGCCUUUUUAAUCCUGGAAUACAAAUUGAUUUUAAAAUGUGUUGAAUAUUUAAGGAUGACUUCAUGCAAGUUAAUAAACCAUUUGUAAAGUGUUUGUAUACAACCCUUUGUAUCAUGUUGUUGGUACACCUUACCAAAUUUUUUUUGAGCAUGUAUUCCAUUCUUUACUUCUGUACAAUUUCUAUUGUUGCUGUAAAUAUUCUAAAAGAGAAAAAAAAAUCCUGUGGUAACCUUAAUUAUCAGCAUGGAAAUGGUUAAUUUUUACUGAGCACAAUGUAUUUUUGAAUGGGCCUUCCAAAAUAUGUCUUUAAUAAAAAUGCAGAUUUUGCACUAGAA